AUGGAUAAACUUCACCAAUCAAUUACUGAUGGAUUAAUCAUGAAAAUUGACGAUGAUAUCGAUGCAAUAAAUCUUGACGAUGGUACAAUUUUACCAACGAUCGCGGAACAUCAUGAUGAAGAUAGUCAAAAUGUAAGAUAAUACUUAGAUAUGCACAAAUUGAUACAGAUAUCUUACCAGAUACCAAUUAUAGUGCAUAUGUAUAAAAUAUGUAUAGAUAUAGUUUGAUGAACAUUAGCAUAAUUGCAGAAUUCUGUCAGAUAUGUUACACAAAUAUAUAACAGCACGCCGAAUGAUUCCGAGAAUUUUAUUCUCACAAAUAAUGCUCCUGACUAAUAUUUUUCUAGCUGCUCACGAGAGAACAUAUUUAGGUGUUUAAGCCCUUUAGGUCCCAUCUUUUGGCGAUAGGUAGACCUCAAUGAGGUAUGAAAAACCUCAAGAGGAUUUAUCC